CGUACCCAUUAUUAGUCCGCAUCUGUGCUAGACACAGCGUUUUCUACUAGUCUGCUAGUACAAGUAGAGAACAAUCACAUGGCAAUCGCCGGGGUGAACACACAGACGGAUUAUCCUCCAACGCCAGUGCCAACCACGAGUCGAGAUUGUCACCCAAUCCCAAAGACCGGAAAGUAUCCAAGCGUUUUACUGGUUCAUCCGCCAAGCACACACGGCUGGGAGAUUGGCAAUGGCUGACGUUGCCCUCCGUGGUUGAGACA